CUUCAUCUCAUGUAGGUCACACACAUUCACUGUUUCAUGAAGUUGACUCAUAGAUCAGGUAUGCAUCUUGCGCUGUGUCAGACCUCUUUGUCUGCCCUCGUUACGAUCGCCUGUCCUUGGGUCUGCUCUGCUAGUUGAUGGGUGUGAUCGGAUGCGGAUUCCAAUUGCGGUGCAGCUCGGGCUGCUAGUGCUUCUGACAGCUGUCCUCGGUGUUGCUGUACUCGCGAUUGCUACGUGGUUUACCACCUAUGAAUUUGUGGUGGGAGUCCAAUCACAAAGCCUCGAACUCGUUGCGACCAUCAAAGCUAGCCAGAUUGCCUCCAAUUUGGACCUCCUCGAGACCACCUGCAAGACCAUCGCUACCCGCAUUCUGAUCCAAUCAGCCCUGAAACGCUAUUAUGUGGGCAAUAACACUGACGCAAAUUGGGUGACUUCGAUCGCCGAUGCCCAAUCUGCGCUUGGAAGUCGGGGAUACUUGAGCCUCUACCAGGCCGUCAUCUAUUCCAAAGAUGGACAAGGAGGCAGCGAGACAUUGCUCAACGUGACGAGUGACACAGUCCCGGACAUCACGCUUCCAUAUACGUAUCCGAAUGGGAGCUCUGUGAUGCUGGGCAAUGACGGGAUAGGCUACCCACCCUCGCUCUAUCCGAAUCUUACCUACCACGGCGCGUCGGGCGACAAUGGGUCGACAAAUGCCUAUGCAUUCUCUGACUAUAUCCUUGGAUUAGACUCGGCACUGCUCCUUGGGCCCCUAAAAGUUAAUUCUUCCUUCUCACUCGUCUCCUUAACCCUGCCGAUCGUCAACAACACCUCCAACACGGAUAUUCUGGGAUUUGUGACUAUCGUCGCCAGUGCCGCAAAUCUACAGAGUGUCGUGAGCUCACGGGAUGGCUUGGGGAAUACCGGACAAGUGCUUCUAUUAGGGCCGUUGCAACCGGAAAACACCUUCGCCACGAGCGCCCAACCUGCAACAGUCACAUCAGCCCCUCACGCGGCGGCACUUGGUGCAGCGCAGGUCCACUAUGUCUUCGAGCCCACCCCCUGCCCAGCCAGGUGA